AUGACACAUUGCUCCAUUAGAUUGGAGGCACCAGUCUCAAAUCAAAUUAUGGUAAUCUUGAAAGGACAUAUUCUGCUGACAUUAUUGUUUAUAAUUUCAAGGCUAUUUAGAAUGCAUAGUGAUAUAUUAGAUCUUGGAUGGAUUGAAUUGACAACGCCUUCUACUAAAAAGCACAAAUUUGAUAGUGUAACAGUUUCUUUUGAUGAUUUUGAAAUUUUCGCAAUAUGGUUGAAUUAA